GGCUCUUUCUGUAUACAUGCCAUGCACUCGCAGCGGCAAUAGAGCGACAGCCAGCUGGAUCCCCUCCAUUUCCGCACAAUCCGCACACGACGUCAUGGCACAUUGAGCGCACACAAGGUGGGAUGGAGCUCGCACGCACAGCCAGUGCCAGCAGGACACCGCUUCUGCUGGCGGGUGCCGGCAGCGCAACGGCCGCCAGCAGGAAAGGGCGCGCGUCCGAAGAUAUCAGCGAUGCAAGCGCGGUUCGAGCCAGUAUCUCGAUGCCGCCACCGGCGUCCAAGGCCGUGCCUAGGCAAUUUCCCUCGCGCCGUCCCUCCAAAGCGUCCGAUGUCAGUCUGCUCGAGACGCUCAGCGACGCAAUCGACGACUCGGACAGCCUCACGCCCACGUCCGAAGCGGCCCGCACCCUGACGCACUCGGACCGCCGCCCCGACUUCGACGCCGGCUCCAACCGCCUCUCUUUUUCGUCGCUCUACUCGAUCAGCUCCGGCAUAUAUCCAAGCUCGCACAGGAUGAGCGGGCCUGCCUCCAACAGCGGCAGCGACGAGGGGCACAAUGGCACCACGACGGCGACGUCGUCGCUCAGCAUCACGACGGCCAGCCAGAACGGCGGCAGCCUCAACCCCAAGGUCUCGCCCACCCAGCUGCUCUUUCCCGCCGACCAGCCCGCCUACGCCAGCACGAGCACGCAAAGCAAUCGCAUGUCGACCGCCUCAAUGCAGUCCUACAACCCCGCCGACGCAUCCCCACCGCCCGGCGCAAAUUCCACCUCCACCGCAGCGCCCCAGAACCAGGAACGCCGCGCCCGCAGCCGGACGCAGGCACAGCGGCGCAUCAGCGGAAGCACCGCGGCGAGCAGCAGCCCCGGCGGAAGAGACAUGGGGCGGGAGCAGCGCCGCCCGACAAAGGGCAUUAUCGGCGUCUGCGCGCUCGAGUCAAAGGCCCGGAGCAAGCCGGCGCGCAACAUCUUUGGCAAGCUGGUUGAGGACUUCGAGGUCAAGAUCUUUGGCGACAAGAUCAUCCUGGACGAGGACGUGGAGAAUUGGCCCGUCUGCGACUUUCUAAUUUCAUUUUUUUCAGAUGGCUUCCCGCUCGACAAGGCCAUUGCGUAUGCACGCCUGCGAAAGCCGUUCUGCGUCAACGACCUGCCCAUGCAGCAGGUUUUGUGGGAUCGACGCUUGUGUCUCAUGAUUCUCGACCAGCUCAAGGUGCCUACCCCGCGCCGCGUUGAAGUCAGCCGCGACGGUGGCCCUCGACUGGGGAGUGCCGAGUUUGCCAAACAGCUGGAGCAAAGAACGGGCGUCGUUCUGGGCGGACCCGACGGUACUGGCGGUGAUGUUGCGCCGCCGCAGAAGAUCGAGCUGUUAGACAACGGCGAUACCAUACGCGUCGACGGCGUCACGCUUACCAAGCCGUUCGUCGAAAAGCCCGUCAGUGGUGAAGACCACAACAUCCACAUCUACUAUCAUUCCAAGGAUGGAGGCGGCGGCCGUAGGCUUUUCCGCAAAGUGAACAACAAGAGCUCCGAAAAAGACGACAGCUUGUACAUGCCAAGGUCCAUGACCGAACCUGCGAGCAGUUACAUCUACGAGCAAUUUUUGCAAGUCGAGAACGCCGAAGACGUCAAGGCAUACACCGUUGGCCCAAACUUCUGCCAUGCCGAGACCAGGAAAUCGCCCGUCGUCGAUGGGCUUGUUAAGCGGAAUCCCAGUGGCAAAGAAGUGCGAUACGUGACCAACUUGACUGAGACCGAGACUGCCAUGGCCGCAAGAAUCUCAAAUGGCUUCGGCCAAAGGGUAUGCGGCUUUGACUUACUUCGAGCAGGAGAUAGAAGCUAUGUAAUCGAUGUCAACGGUUGGAGCUUCGUCAAGGACAACCAGAGCUACUACGAGAAAGCCUCCAACAUUCUCAAGGAACUUUUCCUCGAAGAGAUACAGCGGAAGGAUCGCAAGAACAACACUCAGGCCGCGGCUGCCGAGGCCCAGGAAGCGCCCCUAUCAUCGGGUGCCUCGAGGAAGAGUAUUGGUGGGCACAGGAGCACCCUGAAGGGAAUAUUCAAAUCCCCUAGUAUGUCCAAAUUGGCUGGUCACCAUCCACAUCUUCCCCAUAUGGGCCGCUCUGGUACCGUGCCAAAUUCCCCUGAUAUGUCGCUAAGUACCAUGCCUAUUGCAGCUUCCCCAAGCUUCGACAAGUCCGAGAUCGCACCACCUGUCGCAACCACGACAAGUACCACACCAGCCGCUCUCAAAUCGGAAACUGAUCUUUUGCUACCACCCUCGAUGCGCGAGAAAGAGCUCAGCUUGGAAAUCGAAAAGUCGAACUCCGAAGAGCAAGUCAGCGUACCUCCGCCUGCAUCGAAAGCGCAGUGGAAGCUAAAGGGCGUUGUCUCUGUGGUCCGCCAUGCGGAUCGUACACCCAAGCAGAAGUUCAAGUACACGUUCCACACGAAACCCUUCGUCGACUUGCUCAAGGGCCACCAGGAGGAGGUGCUUCUCAUUGGUGAGGCUGCAUUGCAAAGUGUGAGCGACGCCGUGAAGUUGGCCAUGAGGGAAGGGGAAGAGGAUCCCAAGAAGCUGCGCGAGCUGCAAGUAUAUCUUGACAAAAAGGGAGCCUGGCCAGGGACAAAAGUGCAGAUCAAACCCAUGUUCCGUAAACGACGGAAGGAAGAGAUGCUCCCUGGUGAGCGGCCUGACGAGUCUCCGGAACGCACACGCGCAGGUUCCACCGCUAGCGACGGACACAUAGCCGACUUGGCUGCAAAGCGGAGCGACUCAAUGUCUGGACUGACGCUGUCAAGAAUAUCGGCAGCUGAGAACAACCUCGUUUUGGACAAGCUGCAGCUCAUCAUCAAGUGGGGCGGUGAGCCAACACACUCGGCGCGUCACCAGACGCAGGACAUGGGCGCGAAUUUCCGAAACGAUCUGCUGCUGAUGAACAGGGAUGUCCUUGACGACGUCCACAUCUUCAGCUCUUCCGAACGGCGCGUUACGACAAGUGCACAAAUCUUCGCCGCGUCAUUUCUCGAGCGAGAUCAAUUCCCAGCCGAGAACAUCCACGUUCGCAAAGAUCUCCUCGAUGACUCCAACGCCGCAAAAGACGUUAUGGACAAGGUCAAGAAGAAGCUCAAGACGCUACUCCGCGCAGGAGACAAGGCGCCACCCCAGUUUGCGUGGCCCAAGGACGUUGCAGAGCCCUACAUUGUUGCUCAACAGGUAGUUGAGUUGAUGAAGUUCCACCAGCGGGUCAUGAACUACAACUUUAAGAAGCUCGAAUCAGAGGCUGUACACUCACUGCACGUGGUGGCAGCCAACUCUGGAGAGGCGACCUCGCCCGGCUCUGCCCCUGGGGCCGAUGUCAAUAAGAUACAACCGCGAUGGUGCUGCAACGAAGGACCGGAGCUGUUCAAAGAGCGUUGGGAGAAGCUUUUCAAGGAGUUUAAGGAUGGUGACAAGGUGGAUCCUAGCAAGAUCUCUGAGCUCUACGACACUAUGAAGUUCGAUGCCCUUCACAACCGGCAAUUCUUGGAGUGGGUCUUCACUCCUGACUCCAUGUUCCUGGAUGAAGAGACCAUCGAAAGCUCGAGGAUUUCGAUAGACAACGGGAGCCGGCCGCCGGCUGCUGCGCCCUCUGAGACGGCGAAGACAGAACAGAAAGAUAAUACCGCGGAGAAGCCUGCGGAUCGUGGCAACCUUGCACACCGCAUGGGUUUCCGUCGCAAGUCCGAGGCUGCCAUCAAGAGUACUCAAGCUCCCCCGCCCCCGUCUUACGUACAUGAGUCAUACUUCAAGCUCUAUACUGGCGUCGGCAACACAUCCAAGGAGUCGAAGGCACAGACAGACAUACGGCUUGUCAAGCUCCGCGAAAUGUACCACCUCUGCAAGGUCCUCUUCGACUACAUCGGCCCGCAGGAAUACGGCAUUGACAACGAGGAGAAGCUCGAGAUCGGACUCCUCACAUCUCUGCCCCUGCUGAAGGAGAUCGUGGAAGAUCUGGAGGAACUGCAGGCGUCGGACACGCCCAAGUGCUUCUUUUACUUCACCAAGGAAAGCCACAUCUACACCCUUCUCAACUGCAUCUUGGAAGGCGGCAUCAAGACGAAGAUCGAGCGCAAUGCUAUUCCUGAGCUAGACUACUUGUCACAGAUCGGGUUCGAGCUGUACGAAUCAGAGAACACGUCGACAGAUGAUUCGCCGAAUACGUUCAACUACAGCAUUCGUAUCACGCUGAGCCCGGGCUGUCACGCGUUUGCGCCGCUAGAUGUACAACUUGACUCGCGGCACAUGAUCGGCUUCUCGCCGCGCCGUAGUCUCACGGCGCACCACGACUGGAAGGAAGUGCUUGAGACGCUGAGGGCCAAGUUCCACACUGUCAAGCUGCCCAAGUCGUUCGUCGCAAUCAAUCUUAGUGAGAAGGUGCCGGAUGCGUUUGGUGAGGCCAAGAGCAGUGGGCAAGAGUAUGGCAGUGGGAGCGGCGAUCGGGUUGGUGACGAGAAGAAGGAUGGGAGCGGGAUGGAGGAAGAGAUGGUGAACUCGGGUCUCCUGGCGGAGAGGCUGGGCGAUGUGCAGGCCCCCCCAGGGUUUUGAGAACUAGGAGAGCAGAUGGUGAGGACAUUGUUAGAUACAGCGUAAAGUCUUGGGGUGUAAAUGAUACCCGAUAGACGGGCUUUGCAUAACAUGCGGCGUUGUCAUGAAUAGAGCUCCU